GAUGAUGUCACAUCAACACAAAAGCCAUUUGUGCUUUGAUCUAUUUGACACAUUCAUUCCAGAAGAACAUGCUAAAUGAGGAAAAGGAAUUCCAGCUCUGAUAAUGGGUAUCUGUUUUUGUCUUCUGUAUUAUACCAUUUCUUGACAAACCACUGUGCAAAGGAGCGUGGACUGAAGAAUGAAUUACCAGCGCAAGACUAAUUCAAAACCACUCCAGCACAGAGGUGCCUGACACAGCCACGCUAAUGGUUCUGUGCACAACCAUUAUACGGUACAUCACAAGAUACAUCUUUCAAUGCCUAAACCCUGUGGUCACAGAGUGGGUCAAAAAACUGCCACGUAUAUACUUGCUUGUAGAAAGUGAGAAAUGUUUCUUUGGUAUAGACGAAGGCUAUGUGACGAUGAACAUAAAGCGGGUUCUUGUAUGGUGUUUCUGUCAGCUCUUAAAUACUGGAUCAUUUAAAUGCGACAGCUUCAAGCAAUUCAAUCGAUUGAUUGCUAAGGAAGUAACUACAAGAGUAAACGCCACAUUGGCCAAAAAAAUGAAAUCAAACACAAGGCAUUUGUUGGGCAGAUCCGUUGAAUGUGAAUGCAUUAGUUAUGAAACACUGGCUGCGCUGCUUGAUCUUGCUGGUGCAACAAUAGACUGCAUACGUACCUUCUGCCAUUGCGCACCGCAACUCAGGGAGGAGAGCAGCACCGCUCCUCUACAGGACCAACGACACAGAAAAGACCUUUAUCGAGUCAUUUGGAAAAAUCACAAUCAGAUUAUUUACACCACUUCAGAGGCAGGGCUGAUGGCAGUAAUGUCUGAGCGCAUUCAUGACCGGAACAGUUUCGAUGGCUUCUAUACAACUACAAGGUACAGACCAGGUGUUGCACCACUGGAGGGGAAUUACAAUGAUGGCAUUGUAGUUUUAGAAGAUGAGAGCGAUGACAUUGAAGACUUCGAAGAGGAAGGUGAGGAUGACAUUUUUGAAGAGGGAGAUGAUCCUGAAAGCCUCGAAGAGGAAGGUGAGGACUAUGAAGAUUUUGUGGAUGCUGCACAUGACAUGAAUGGUUUCCAAGAUAAUGACAAUGUCAUUGAGGAUUUUGAACUAGGCUCUGAUGAUGUUCAAGAUUUUGGAGAUGGUAAUAACUUUGAUGAUUUUGAGGAUGCUGUCGAUGAAUUUGAAGGUUUCGAGGUAGAUGGUGAGGACAUUGAGGAUUUUGAGGAUGGUGUGGGUGACGAUGAAGGUUUUGAGGAAGAUGUGGAAGACAUUGAGGAUUCAGAUGAUGGUGUUGAUGACAUUAAUUUGGAGGAUGCCAGCAACAAUGGAGAAUUUGAGGAGAUUGGUAAUGAUAUUGGAGAAUUUGGAGAGGGUAAUAAUGAAGACACUGGGGAGGAUGACAAUGUUAUCAUUAUUAUGUUUAUUGAGGAUUUUGAAGAGGAUGACAUUGAAGACAUUGAGGACCCAGUGCCACAACCUGAAGAAAACUUAGAUCAACCCCCACAACAUCCAGCUGAUCAGCCACACCUUGAAGCCAAUUUGCAGCAACAUCUGCUACUUCCUCCUGCUCAGGUAAAUCUUAACCCUCGCUUAGAUUUGCAGCACAUUCUUUUACCUCCUCCCCGUGCAGAACGUCAACUUCGUCCUCAAGUAGAUUUUCUGCACCGUCUGCUACCUCUGUCUCUUGCUGAUCGUCAACUACAUCCUCCUGUUGAUUUGCAGCAAAGAUUGCAACCUCCUCUUGCUGAAGGUCUUCUGAACCCAGAUGCAGAUUUGCAGUACCGCCUGCUACCUCAUUCUGCACAGGGCCAGCUACACCUUCAAGCCGCGUUGCAGCAGCAGUUGCUCCCGCUGCAUGUUCAGCGUCAGCCUCGCCCCCAAGCAGUUUUGCAGCAGCACUUACUAUCUCUUCCUUCUACUUCUACUGAGGGGCAGCUAAGCCUUGAAGCUAAGUUGCGCCGUCUGCUACAUGUUCAGCAAGAGGAUCCUGAUGAACAUAGUCAGAUCUGUGAUGUUGCUAAUAUUGCAUCUCAUACUUCUGACUCAAGUAGCUCCGAGUCAGUAAUUAUGUCAGACAACCAAGUUCAAAAGUACACAUUAAUUGUCUUGUUGGUAACAGGUCUUGUAAUGCACACCUUGAAAAAGGCCAGGACGUCAAUGUGCCAAGUAGACUUCAACAGGAUUGUCCACACCCUGUCUGACAAAGCACUUAAACGGGUUAAGCUAGGAGACCUUGCUGGGAGAGAAAAGGAAGGUAAAAAGAUUUACAAAUCUCUGUUCAGCGAACUCUCGCAGACAAUGGACUCUCCUAAAGCGAUACUGAAAAAACUACAGCAGGAUGACGAUGCUUUUAUCAAGGCUUUGAAAAGGCACCUAAGUGCACAGAUCAAAAGGAAUGUAGCCACCAGGUUCUUCUCAGCAGUGUGCAGAGCUUUCCUGAAGCCAUUCCAAGCCUGCUUAGAUAAGAGAUAUUGACCACCAAAUUGUUUUGAUCCGUUUCCUGUCACGCACAUACAGUAUCAAAGAGCAAGUCUUCCUGGUACAAACACAACUGGACAAACCAUCAAAAUAUUUCCUUCAGUAACUUCUGUGUUAUGCUAAACGCAUCUACAGAUCUAGGUUGGUCGAUGGAGGUGUGAGCAGCCACAGAGAAAAAGCAAGUAUGAAAAGCAGAACAGACGUUUCUCAAGACACUUGAGGCAAUCUAGUUUUUUAUAUUUAGUAUUUUAAUAUUAUUUAUCUAGUCUCUUCUUAUGUUCUUUUUUGCUAUAGAUAGUACCUUUAUUUUGUCAUAAAUGUACAUAAAUGACAAUAUUUCAAAAAUAAAUAUGCAAUAUUUUUUUAAGUACACUAUAUUAUUUUUGUUUAACUUCAUUACAUAAGCAACACGGGGCAAAAAUCUCACCUCUAAGAAUGAGACAUUCCAGGUACAAAGUGUUUACAUCUGCAUUUCAACUUUAAACAAUAUUUGACCUUGCUUGGCAGUACACGCCUAAAUAACAUCACACCAUCAGAAACAAACACAGCAUAAUUAGAUGUUUAUUUAAGAGGACAGCAGGUUAAUAUGUACCAGUUCUGUCACAGAAAAUAAAAACAGGAAAUACUAAAUCAGGAAAGCGGAAACAAAAUAAAUCCACACUUAAAAAAUACAAUUUUUAAAAA